AUGGACUCACCACUCACCAACCGCACCACCGCCCCUUUAGGGUCAUCCGCGUCCGGGGCCGUCGACACAUCCACAAAACUCGACCAACUCCUCGACACCCUCCACGCCUACCGUCCAACUUUCAAACUCACGCCUCAACAAAACCUCCUUUUCAUCGCCUUCCUUUUCCCUUCCAUUUUGUUAUAUCUCAUCAACAACCGCUACCAAAAGUCGAAACAAAAACAGCCUUCCCUUCCUUCCAAACCCACCACCGCCACAUCAACGGCCUCAGAAAAGCAAUCCCUGAGAGACCGCGCCCCAGGCACCUGGCGCCCCUCCUCCUACCUCUUCCCCAAACCCCCUUCCUACCCCUCCUGGUCUUUCGAAAACACAAAACCCCUUCCCUACCGCCCCUUCCGCUACGGCCCCAUCUACCACACCACCAUGGGCCUGCGCACGAUCAAGCCAGAAGAUUGGAUAGAGCUCGAUAACCAAUACGCCAAGUACCACGGCACCAAAGCUUUUCGAAUCGCCGAGCGGAGAGAUAAGUGUAUUAUGGUUGCGCCUGAAGCUGCUGCCGCUUCGGUAGAACUUUUGCAAGAGCUGGUUGCUUAUUUGCCGGAGAGAUACCCGACUUUGUUUAAGAGAACAGAGCGGGGGAUUGAGAAUUUGUGGUCUGGGGAGUCAUUCGACGUCUCCUCUCUGACCGGCACGGGCCCAGAAGAAGAAGCAGUAGAACAAGGCUGCAAAGCAAUGGAAAUCGCCGCCCGGCUCAUCCAAGACGACCUAAUCCUGAUGAUCGAACGCGCAGACAACCAAUAUUAUCUCCUAGCCGGCGCAGCUUUGUUACCAGGUUUCUGGCGGCUGACGCAGAAAUUCGGCAUGUCGUUGGCGGAACUGCACACGAGCGGAGACGUGCCGCAGUACAAGGAAAAACUGCAUAAGGGGAUGUAUAACCUUUUCCGCAGACUCAAGCCAGAGCAGAUGGUGGGACGAAACAAUUACUUUAUUCAGGUGGACGAUUCGCUGGCUUGGUCGUGGAGUAUUGGACCUGAAGAUGGGGAUGGGGAGAUUAGUUGGAGUAUGGCGGAGAAGAAUAAGGCUGUUGAACACCAUUAUUUUAGGAGCGAGAGGCAGACGUUGAGGAGACUGCCUAAGACGGGGGCCGUGUGUUUCACGAUUAGGACGUACUUUGAGCCCAUCAAGGCAAUUUCUGAGGAGGAGUAUGCGCCUGGAAGAUUGGCGAGCGCCAUCAGGAGUUGGGGGAAUCAUGUGGCCAAGUAUAAGGGCAUGGAGAGGUACGGGGAGGUGUUGUUGGAGUUUUUGGAUAAGAAGCAUCAGGAGCAGGUGGACCGGGGUCUGGAUUUGAGUAGGGAGGAUGAGUGUAGGGCGUAUCCGUUUUAG